GGAACGUAUCUCCGAAGUGCUAAUGUGCUACAAUCCCCGUUAUCAGUCGCGAAACUGCCAAAGGAAUAUUAUAUCAAACGGGUUAAUAUCGUACCACUUCCUGUUUACACUACUGGAUAACCAUCUUGGCUAAUACCCUGUGCUACAACGACCCCAUACUUUCUGCGUCUACCCCCUAUGUCCAGUGACGUACUCGUGUGGCAGCCCGACUCCCUCUCCAGAGCAUGUCCCAUUUGCUCUAAAAAGUACACAUUCUUCAACAGACGACACCAUUGCCGUAAAUGCGGCCGUGUGGUGUGCGGAAACUGCUCCCAACACGAUGUGGUGUAUUUGCCACACACGUACGUUGUGCUGCGGCCCACAGGUUUUGUGGCGCCGAGCGGGUUUUCAGAUGAAGAGGAAGAUCCGCCUGUGAAUGAAGCCAGGUUGGGUCAUGCCUAUAAAACCUGCGAUGAGUGCUAUGAAGAGGUGCGCAUGAUAAAAAUUGCCCUUGGGAUGACGGUGGCGCGAGAAGUCGUCGCCCCACUGUCAUCCAGUGAGGAAACCACCGAGGAGGAAAUUAGCCCCGUUUCAUCUGAGCCUACACUGAUUAUCAAGGAUAGCACUAGAAACGAACGGUAUCUACCGCGAUCGUCAGGCGAAACCGGCUCGUCUUCCGCGCAGAUGGCGCCUGACGCGGGCUCAGACUUUACCCACUGUCCGAUAUGUCAGGAAGAUCUCAAAGCACUGUAUGAGACAGAGGAGGAGCGCGAGCGACACAUCAACGACUGUCUUACUCAGUUAGCCCUUUCCCCUGAUUCGAGACGAAACAACAAACGCAACCACCUUCUUGUGUACAACAUCCCCGAGGUUCAGUCGCCACCUGAGAGCUUUUCGAAUGAAACGCUCCAGGAACUAUUGGAACCUCCCCAGUAUGCAGUGAACGCUCCCGUGGACACAGCUGAUGGGGUGGCUGAAAACGAAUGCAUCAUCUGCUUGGAGGAUAUGAGCCCGGGUGACAAAGUUGGCCGGUUGGAGUACUGUUUGUGCGUGUUCCACUAUGAGUGCAUCAAAGACUGGUUUAACAAGAAGAAGUGGGGUGAGUGCCCAGUUCACCACAACUACAACUAUGAAUAAAGGCUGAGGACUGUCGUAGCGGGAAGGAAAUGGAAGAGAUAACCCCUAGUGAGAUGGCUUUACUAGUUUCAAGUGCAAGUUUUGGCUGUGGUCUCCAAUGCUAGGUAUUAUCUCCUAUAGCAUAUCCAUCUUUGCCCCCAAGUGUUACUGUCCUACGAGUACCCACGCCGAUAAUCUGCUGAUCUGGCUAAUUAAUUAAUAUCUAGUAUGGUUAUGUCAUACCAUUGUAUUCGGAGACUGAAGGCGGACAGAGGGCCAAAAUAGGUAUUUGGCUUAUUGUCUAUAAUUUGUUUUAUCUCUAGUUUUUUUUUUU